UGCACAUAAUCGGCCUUGAAUCGAGGCUAGUUUCAGGCUGGAAACAGAGUUGCUGAGAAUGAGAUUUAGAGAAUUGUUAGGGUUUUCCGAGCGAGCAGAGUUCUUUAACAGCUACAAAGAUGACUUCAACUUUGAUGUUGUCAGCAGGGAAGUCAGUGAGCUGAAGGAUGAAGAACUGAAUUUCUAUCGAGAUAGUCCUGACAGCUUCUACAUUGUACCAUUUGCUGACGCCCUGGACUUGGUUCAGAGCAGACAAGUGGUCAUCAAGAGUGGCGCUGUGUACAUAUCCGUCAACAAUGAGGAAAUGAUUGCUCGUUUGGUGUGCAACAAGUUCAGACAGAAGCUUUCUGAGGAACUAGUGAAGACCCGUAACCACCUACCAGUGGUGGAUGAUGAUGAGAGGAUUGCCCCCAUGCUCAAGACCAUCAAACAUCGCUACCUUGGUGAGGACUUCUCCAGUGUGGGAGAGAAUCUGCAGGGAAGCAUCUCACUGGCCCAGAUUGACUUCCGUAGAUUUGUGUGUCUUGAAGCAGUCCUUUCCUCCCUGUAUGAGACCCUGCGCAAAGAACACCAUCUGAGACACUUCGGUCGUCUACAGUACGGACUGUUCCUCAAGAGCAUUGGACUCACACUGGACCAAGCUAUGGCCUUCUGGAGAGCAGAGUUUGUCAAGAAAAUGGAACCAGAGAAGUUUGAGAAGCAGUAUGCAUACAAUGUGAGACACAGCUAUGGUAAAGAGGGCAAGAGGGCCAACUACACUCCCUACAGUUGCCUCAAAAUCAUUCUCUCCAACAAUCCAGGCCAAGGAGACCAUCACGGGUGUCCUUUUCGUCACUGGGAUGAUAGUCACAUUCGACAGAUGCUCACCACUCAUGGAGUUUCACAUAAAGGAGUCACUAACAUCACCGCCUAUCUGAAGGAUGACCACUACCAACUAGCCUGUCAGAAAUACUAUGAGAUCACUCAUGCUAUUGAAGCUGCCCCUUUCAGUUUGGAGCACCCCUCUCAGUAUUUCCGGGAGAGCCGAAUGCAGCGUGGGCACACUGGUGGUAAACAAGAGACAAGACUGCCAACUGUAAAGACUGAAGUGAAAGCAGAGGAUGAUUUUUGUGGAGAUAUAUCAAUUCAAGACAUGCAGAACUUUGAAGAAGAAAUGGACCAAUUCUAGCUAUAUUCUACCACCAGUUAUAUCCUACCACCUGUAUGUAUACCACAUGCUCUCUAGUAGUAAACACUCUUUGAUCCGCUGUG